UAUCAAUUGAUAUUUAAAAUUUUAAUAUUAAGCAAAAAAUGGCUAGUUUACAAGUUAAUUCUGAUGUUUUCACCUUAAAUGAUGGUUCUAAAAUCCCAGCUAUUGGUUUGGGUACUUGGAGAGCGGAUAAAAAGGGUGAAGCUUAUCAAUCUGUUCUUGUUGCUUUAAAGAAUGGUUAUAGACACAUUGAUACUGCUAAGAUUUAUGGUAAUGAAGAUGAAGUUGGACAAGCCAUUAUUGAUUCUGGGGUUCCAAGAAAGGAAAUUUACGUUACCACCAAAUUGUGGAACACUGAUCAUAAAAAUGCUGCUGCUGCCUUGGAUAAAUCAUUAGAAUUAUUACAAUUGGAUUAUGUUGAUUUAUACUUGGUUCACUGGCCAGCUCCAGUUGACGAAAAUGAAAAACCAUUGAGUAACUGGACUCCAAAUGAUAGUUAUAAAGAAAUUGUCAAAUUACUUGAUACCGGUAAAGUUAAGAGUGUUGGUAUUUCAAAUUAUAACCUUGAACAAACCAAGGCUGUCUUGGAAGAUCCUUCAAUUAAAGUUAAACCAGUUGUUAACCAAAUUGAAGCCCAUCCUUUAUUGACUCAACCAGAAUUGUACGACUACUUAUACAAGAAUGAUAUUUAUAUCGAAGCUUACUCUCCUUUGGGUUCUGUUGACUCUCCAUUGUUAACUAACCCAACUGUCGUUGAAAUUGGUAAGAAACAUAAUGCUAAUGCUGGUCAAGUUUUGGUUUCUUGGGCCGUUCAAAGAAAAACUAUUGUUUUACCAAAAUCGGUUACUGAAUCAAGAAUUAUUGGUAACUUGAAGACUUUCAAAUUACCUGAAGAAGAUUUUGAAAUUUUGAAUCAAUUAGAAAAGAAAGAUGGUACUCAUAGAACCAACUUGUUCAAAGGUGUCUUUGACAGUCACUCUGCUUAAUUCUUCUAGAGAUAGUUUAA